CGCCGCACAAAUUUUAUAUUGGUUUUCGAUAUGUUCAUCCUCUAACAGAAGAAGCGGUGGAAGAAAUGGAGAGAGAUGGGAUUGAGCGGGCAGUAGCUUUUACACAGUAUCCUCAGUACAGCUGUUCUACCACAGGAAGUAGCUUAAACGCAAUUUAUCGGUACUAUAAUGGCAGGAGAGCAGCACCUAAGAUGAAAUGGAGUACAAUUGACAGGUGGCCAACGCAUCCUUUAUUAAUUCAGUGUUUUGCGGAUCAUGUACGGCAGGAACUUGAUCGAUUUCCACCUGAGAAAAGAGAUGAUGUAGUCAUUUUGUUCUCUGCUCAUUCUCUGCCUAUGUCUGUUGUGAAUCGAGGUGACCCCUAUCCACAGGAAGUGGGAGCAACUGUCCAGCGAGUCAUGGAAAUGCUAAAUUUCAGUAACCCAUACAGGCUGGUGUGGCAGUCUAAGGUUGGUCCUAUGCCCUGGCUUGGACCUUCCACAGAUGACACCAUCAAAGGAUUGUGUGAGAGAGGCAACAAAAACUUAUUAUUGGUCCCUAUUGCUUUCACCAGUGAUCACAUUGAAACACUGCAUGAACUUGAUAUAGAAUAUGCACAAAUCUUAGCCAAUGAGUGUGGCGUUGAAAACAUUAGGAGAGCAGAGUCACUAAAUGGAAACCAGCUGUUUAUAAAGGUGACAUAGUUUUAUGUUUAGCUUUA